GGCUCGAAAUUCGGAUUCGAAAGUGCGAUGGAGGACUCAUGUUUACAUUUUUUGAUCGCUGAUAGGCCUCACUAUCAACGAUUAUAGUUGCAUAGAUAAGCCUUCUAUCGAUUGCAAGAUGGAUAUCAGCGACUAUACAGGUACCUUCUCUCCUAGUCAAGAGGUUGCAAUGGAAAAUUUCGGAUCCAUCGCCUUCACAACUUCAACACCGAGCAAUCCAACCAGGCGAAGUGGACGAAAAUCAUGGUUUGAUAAUUUGGGAAACCCGGGGAAGGGUACUAAAUAUGAAAUUGCGAUUGAGAAAAAGGUUAAGAGACGAUCAGCUGGUCGAAGAAAAAGUGAAGAAGGCGAUAUUGAAACUCUUACACUGACUCACUUUACAAAUCCGCCAAGAAUAGGCUUUGGUAGGGCAAAACCGGGAAUGAUCAAAAGACGAAGUUUAAUAAUAAAAAAUCCACACGAUCAUCCCCAAGAUGUUAAAGUGGAAAAAUUCCCAUUUAAAAAACAUUUUGACAUUGACAAGACAAAAUUUACUGUGGAAGCAGAGGAUACCUUGCUGUUGACAAUCACAUGGUCGCCAGAAGAAGAAGGGAAUUUCAGAGAGAUGAUUCUGCUUCAGGUUGAUGGGUCUUAUAGACUGCAGGCUUUUGUAUUUGGCUGUGUGGAAAAACCCCCACAGAAGAAGAAAGUGAAAAAGGGUAUAUUGGGAAGAGCUAUGAAAAAGCCAUUUUCCAUUAUACAGACACCAAGUCUGGCCAAUAUAGCCAAGUCAUACAGCCCAACAAAGGGAGAGACCAGGAGGAGUGGGGAGGGACAAAAGAGGCUGUCAAAGGGAAGAGAAAACAAAGUCCCAGCUCCUAUGAAAAAGACACCGGCUAGACACCAGGACAGUUUCCCACCAAAGCAAAAGGAGUCUUUGGUAAUACCAAAUCAAGUGGUGGGUGGUUGCAUUGAUUCAGAGUUCCCUAUCGGUCACAUCACCCCCAUCAAACCAUUGGAAGACUCCAUCAAAUCGGCAGAAUUUGUAGUUCCAAAGGUGGUGAAAAUGCCUGGGAAAUCUUCAGUCAAGAAACUCCAGGGUAAAGAUCAGGAGGAAUUGGAAUGUUUGUCCCCUUUAGUUGCUAAAUACCUUGAUAACAGUGACGAUGAUAUUAUUGUGGUCAGGCAAACUAUAAACAAUGAGGAUCGAGCAAAGCUGAAUACACCUGAUAGAAUUAUUCUGGCCGACCUCAAUACUCCUGACAGGAUCCUGUCAACAAACCAGGACACUCCUGAUACCAUAACAAACAUGCCUGGAAGUGAACCACAGAAUAGUGAUCUGAACACACCUGUCGGUGCUGACCAAGUCAGUGAGAAAACUCCUGAUAAGGAAAACCAAUGGUUUGACCCAGAACUUAAAGCAGAUGCCCUGUCACCGAACAGUUUCCUGCAAGACUCGCUGUGCAGUCAAAGAGGUAUUGACACCAGUUUAUAUGAUGUUGGUUCCACAAUCAGCAGAUUACCAGCCCAUUCCACCCUACUUCCGACUCCAGAAAGGAUGUCCAGGCCUGAUCAACCCAUGAAAAAUUUCAUUAGCCCAAAUAAGUUCCUGAAGGAGCUGAAUGACACACAAGAAAGACUUGAGCUAAGUUUUCAACACGACCCCAACACUAUUCCAAGUCCAGAGUCCAUUUUGAACAGUUCAAUCCCACAUGACAUCAUGGUGAAACAGUUACAGACUGUCAAAAUGUCUUUGGCCACUCAAAAUCCUUCUCCUCUGUUUUCUCCCAUGUCUUUUGACAACAAAAGGGAAACGUUUGUCCUGAAGUCUGCACUCACUGCUUACCAAUCUCCUAUGUUACGCAGGGAGACUUUCAUUAGAGAAAGGACAGCAAUCACACCAAAAGACGUUUCUCGUCCUAGACGAACCACAUUUACGCGGCAAGGAAAUCAGAAAGCAAUAACAAAGAAAGAAGACAUAAAAUCCAAAGGAGCUGAUACUAGCAUUUCUAGGAAGGAAGCAAGGAAGGGAAACAAAGAAAAUCUUUGUAAGAAACCAAUUUGUGCCAUUAAAAAGUUUAAACAAGACAGAAUAAGUGAAGAUAGUUUAGAUGGAUCAAUUUCUAGAUCACCAAUUCCCACACAUAUUUCAUCUACUAACAGCCUUCACCAAAAAGCCCUUAACACACCAGAGCUACUGGUGAAUAUCAACACAAAAGCUUUGACCAAAUCGACUUGUGUUAAAACCCAAGAAAGGGAGAUUUCCACGGCAAAGAGGUUGUUUGUACCUUGCGGUGAAGUUUCUCCAACAUGCAACUCCCCAAGUUCUGUCUUUGGAUCUCCUAACCUCACUGUCGACACGCCGACAGUAGAACUGCUUCCAUGCAAAGAGCAUGGCAUAAAUACAGGGGAAGAGCCAUCGAAUACUGGAAAGGGAAAACAUGACAGAAUGAGUCAAGAUAGCCUGGAUGGGUUAAUUUCUGUCAUUAACACUACAACUGUAACAAAGGAGAAACCAGUUAAUGACAUCACCCCAGAAGGACGGACUUCCACAGGAAAGAGGCUGUUUACACAGGAAAGUGGAGUCUCUCCAACACAAGAUGCUAGCUUUCAGUCCCCUAGCGUUUUGCCAGCAGAUACGCCAAUGAGAGAAUUGUUUGCACGUCGGGCAACUCUGACCGUCACCAAGGAAAGGCCAUCCGACACACUCCUGCAGGUCACACAGAAAAAUCUCUCGUCUCACUUGAAUACAGAGGACACUGCCGUUGCUUGUGACAUUAAGGUUCACAAUUUGUCUAAUGAUUCACCAAGACUGCUUACAGUCGUACCCGAGGAGAACCCUGAGCGAUGUGUGUCAAUUUUAUUAAAAAAUAGUCCAAAUUUACACUCAAUGGGCCUCACUCCCACUGAUGUCAGUGUCAAUAGUACCAGUAGUUUUACAAAGACUCCUCACCAGCUGCCUACCAGCCCAAACCCUGACAAUUCACGACGGUCUACACAUGUAGUGGAGAAUCCAAAGGUCCUUGACCUUAGCAUCGUUGGUAGAAAGCGUCUGUUUCCACCACUCGAGGAUCCUGACGAUGAAGCUGCCAUUCAAACAGACAACUUGACAACAAAAAUGGGCGUUGCUUCUCAGAGUACAAACAGGGUCAAUCCAAUAACGAUUGACCAUCCUAACAAAGUUACAGUGGAUAUCAAGAGCAUCACACAACAAACUAAUGAAGAAAAAUCCCUCGGUGCAAAUGACCCAAUUAGCAUUAAUGAUAUUUCUAUUGAAUCAAAACCUGUAGAAUCUUGUGAACCCAAAACGGGAAGAGAACAACAGCUAAAAGGUGAUAAUGCUUCAGACAGUCCGGCCACAGACAAAGCAGUGACAGUUCCUGAAGAGAGGAAACCCUAUGUUGCCUUUAUAACAGGUUCUCCAGAUCCUGUCAUCCCCGCUGCCAAAAAAUCUGUAAUGGCCAACAGAGGAAAGGAGAUGGUGAAGAAACGAACUCACAGUGAAACCAGAGGUGUUAGUGAGACCAGCAACAAGAGGCUGAGAUCUACAGGGUCUAUACAGACUGGUGUGUUGGGGAUGACUGUCCCUACAUUGUCCCGUCCCACCACCAAACUCAGACAGGCCAUGGCCACUAAAGACGACACCAAGACAAGCGUACCACAGAAACCCUCCAAUAGAACUAAGUGUGCAGGGAAAGGUUUGGCCCAGACCAAACUCAUCCUAAUGAAGAGGACACGCCCAACAGCCUUGCCAAAGCACCCAAUGCCCUUUGCAUCCAAAAAUAUGUACUACGACGAGCGAUGGAUUGACAAACAGGAGCGGGGAUUUGUACAUUGGCUCAACUUCGUGCUAACACCUGCCGAUGAGUAUCAGCACAACAACAAACGAGUGAAAGUUGAUGCGGGAGCUCUGUGUGUAGAGGCCAGUCGGAGCAAUAUUAAACUGGCACCAAGCAAAGAGGUUUUGUCUAUCCGUGCCUACACUGCAAGACGCCGACUCAACCAGCUUCGUCGGAGUUCUUGUAAUCUGUUUCAGACAAAGGAGAUCGUCCAUGUGAUUCAGAAACUUGAGGCAGAGAUUGAAAGUCUCCGACUAGUAAUUCGCAAAGACAAGAAAGUGCAUGCGGACCUCGGUAUGAAGCAGAACAUUCUGGAUAUGAUCCUCUCCUUCAAUCCUCUGUGGCUCAGAAUUGGUCUGGAGACUGUGUAUGGAGAGAUGAUCCCCAUUCAGAACAACAGUGAUGUCAUCGGUAUAUCCCGAUUUAUCGUCACUCGUCUGCUCAGCAAUCCAGAUAUCGCAUCAGAGUACUGCCACCCUACUGUGCCACACCUGUAUCGUGAUGGCUAUGCUGAGGCAAUUGCACAACAUUUGAUGAAGAAGUUUUUUAUGUUGAUCUUCUUCCUGGACCAAGCCAAAUCUAACAGACUCAUCAACCAUGAUCCCUGUCUCUUCUGUAAAGACUCAGAGUUCAAGUCAACCAAAGCAAUGCUGAUACAGUUCUCUCGAAACUACCUCAGCGGGGAAGGUGACGUCACCAAGCAUCUUGGUUACCUUGGUUACGUGGUGACUCAUCAACAGACUUCAAUGGAUGAGUUUGACUAUGCUGUCACCAAUCUGGCCACUGACCUUCGUGAUGGCAUCCGGCUGACCCGUAUACUGGAGUUACUUACUAACCACUGGGAUCUGUCCAAGAAACUCAGAACUCCAGCCAUCAGCCGACUCCAAAAGGUUCACAACAUGGAGGUGGUGUUUAAGGCACUCACUACACAAGGUGUGACCUUUGACAAUGAGAAAAAAAUUACACCCAAGGACCUUUGUGAUGGACACAGAGAGAAGACUCUGCAUGUGUUGUGGGGACUCAUCCUACAGUACCAGGUGGAUGUGCUGCUAAAUGAGGAGCAGCUGAGGGAGGAGAUAGAUAUCCUACAGAGAAGUCUGCGUGUCAGGAACCAACUCGAGGCUCUACACAGGUAUGAACAAGGUCUGAGUAAGAAACGCCGUGAGUCAGCUGAGCAAGACCUGCACAUGCAGAAUGAUAGACUGUUGUUACUGCUUCGCUGGUGUCGUACAGUGUGUGCCUUCUACCACAUCAAGAUUGAGAACUUCACUGUGUCGUUUGGGGACGGCCGUGCUAUGUGUGCCUUGGUCCAUCACUACCACCCUUCCCUUCUUCCCUGGGAGUCAAUCCACACCAAGACAACCUUGACCUACCAGGAUGACCUUGAGGAGGAGAUGUGUAAUAGUAACCUUGAGCUCAACUCAUCAGAUGUAUUUAGUCCAGCUCCUUUUCCAGUGGCUGAAGACCCAGUGCUGUUUGAGGAGCUCCUGUUAAAUGAGAAGUCCAACUUUAAGUUGCUGUACGAGAAAGUUUCAGAGUUGGGAGGCAUUCCACUGAUGUUGCGUUCAAUGGACAUGUCCAACACGAUUCCUGACGAGAAAGUGGUGGUCACUUACAUCUGUUACCUGUGUGCUCGCUUACUGGACAUCAGACAUGAGUCACGGGCGGCCAGAGUCAUCCAGUUGGCCUGGCGUCGACACUACCUGAGGAGGUCAAAGAAAGAACUACAGGUGAAGCAUGAUGCAGCCAUUGUCAUCCAGACAGCAGCGAGGAGGUUUCUGAGAGCUAAACAGGCUGUCAGGAGGGCAGAGGGAGCAAGGGUCUUACAGAAGUAUGUACGAGCAUGGCUGGCUCGAAGGACUGCUGCACAACUCAAAGCUGCAGAUGAGGAAAGGCGCCAAACAACUGCUGCAUGUGUUCUACAGACGGCCAUCAGAAAGUGGCUAGAGAAGCAAAUGACCACCAGACAGACAGCCUCUAUAAGAAUUCAGACUACAUGGAGAUGUCACAGGCAGAUGGAAAGCUACAGAAGAAUUAAAUCGGCAUGCAUUACCUUACAAAAACACACACGGAUGUACUUGCAAAAAUCACGUUAUGUCAAGGUCAGACAUGCCGUAGUUUGUAUUCAGCGAAGAUAUAGAGCUCACCACUCCAGGAUGAUUCAGAGGAAUGAGUACCUAACGGUGAGAUCUGCUGCCGUAACCCUGCAGAGUAGAUACCGAGGCCUGGUACAGAGACAAAAGUUUCUCCGUUGUAGAGCUUCAGCAGUAGUAAUCCAGGCCUCUGUCAAGAUGUGGAUAAACAGACAAAAGUACCAGUCAAUUAGGUUAGCAACUGUAACCAUACAGAGAUUUUACCGUGCCAACCAAACAGCAGCUGUAGUUAGACAGGAAUUCCUUUUACAAAAACAAUCUGCUAUUACCAUACAAGCUUGCUUUAAAAGUCACAUGGUAAGGAAAAACAUAAGGCAUUGUCAUACUGCAGCUGUCAUCAUCCAAAGUCAAUUCAAAGGAUUCCUGGAACACAAGAGGUAUCUGACUGUCAAAUCUGCUGCCAUUAAAGUACAGCGGUGGAAAAGAGCAAUGACCCAAGGCAGGCUGGCAAGGUCAGAGUUCAUAAAGGUCAAAUCGUCAGUUGUGAAAAUACAGUCUGUUUACAGAGGUUACAGGACAAGAUCAGACUUUCUGAAACAGAGAUCUGCAGCUAUAACCAUUCAAGCUAAUGUCAGAGGCCAUCAGAAAAUGACUGCAUACAGGAAACUAAAGGAUGCAGUAUUAACCCUACAGAGAAGAUUCCGGGCAAGCAGGGAAGGAGAGAAAGUGAGAAGACAUUUCAUGGUACAGAAAGGUGCUGCUAUGACGAUACAAGCUUUCUAUAGAGGUCACAAGGUCAGACAGGAGAUCAAACAUCUACAUUCAUCAGCCACUAAGAUUGAGGCUACAGUCAAGGGACACUUACAGAGGAAAAAGUUCCUCGGAUUAAAAAAAUCAGCUUUGGUCAUUCAGCGAAAGCUCAAAGCCAACUUGGAAGGGGAUAGAAUUAGAAAGGAAUUCCUAGUAAAGAAGGGUGCUGCCAUGACCAUUCAGGCACACUUUAGAGGCCUCAUAGUGAGAAGAAACAUCAGCCAUCUUCAUGCUUCAGCUGUCAUCAUCCAAAGUCAAUUCAAAGGUUUCCUGGAACACAAGAGAUAUCUGACUGUCAAAUCUGCUGUCGUUAAAAUACAGAGGUGGAAAAAGGCAAUAGCACAAGGCAGACUGGCAAGGUCAGAGUUCAAAAAGGUCAAAUUGUCAGUGGUGAAAAUACAGUCUGCUUACAGAGGUCACAGGAAAAGGUCAGACUUUCUGAAACAGAGAUCUGCAGUUAUAUCUAUUCAAGCUCAUGUCAGAGGCCAUCAGAAAAUGACUGCAUACAGGAAGUUAAAGGAUGCAGUAUUAAUCCUACAGAGAAGAUUCCGGGCAAGCAGGGAAGGAGAGAAAGUGAGAAGGCAUUUCAUGGUACAGAAAGGUGCUGCUAUGACGAUACAAGCUUUCUAUAGAGGUCACAAGGUCAGACAGGAGAUCAAACAUCUACAUUCAGCAGCUACUAAGAUUGAGGCUACAGUCAAGGGACACUUACAGAGGGAAAAGUUCCUCAGAUUAAAAAAAUCAGCUUUGGUCAUUCAGCGAAAGCUCAAAGCCAACUUGGAAGGGGAUAGAAUUAGAAAGGAAUUCCUAGUAAAGAAGGGUGCUGCCAUGACCAUUCAGGCACACUUUAGAGGCCUCAUAGUGAGAAGAAACAUCAGCCAUCUUCAUGCUUCAGCUGUCAUCAUCCAAAGUCAAUUCAAAGGUUUCCUGGAACACAUGAGAUAUCUGACUGUCAAAUCUGCUGUCGUUAAAAUACAGAGGUGGAAAAGAGCAAUAACACAAGGCAGGCUGGCAAGGUCAGAUUUCAAAAAGGUCAAAUCGUCAGUGGUGAAAAUACAGUCUGCUUACAGAGGUCACAGGACAAGGUCAGACUUUCUGAAACAGAGAUCUGCAGCUAUAGCCAUUCAAGCUCAUGUCAGAGGCCAUCAGAAAAUGACUGCAUACAGGAAACUAAAGGAUGCAGUAUUAACCCUACAGAGAAGAUUCCGGGCAAGCAGGGAAGGAGAGAAAGUGAGAAGACAUUUCAUGGUACAGAAAGGUGCUGCUAUGACGAUACAAGCUUUCUAUAGAGGUCACAAGGUCAGACAGGAGAUCAAACAUCUACAUUCAGCAGCUACUAAGAUUGAGGCUACAGUCAAGGGACACUUACAGAGGAAAAAGUUCCUCAGAUUGAGAAAUUCAGCAUUGAUUAUUCAGGGAAAGUUCAAAGCCAACAUGGAAGGGAAUAGAGUUAGAAAGGAGUUCCUAGUAAAGAAGGGUGCUGCCAUGACCAUUCAGGCAUACUUCAGAGGCCACAAGGUUAGACAGGGAGUAGCCAGAAUGCACCUAGCAGCAAAUGUCAUACAAUCCAAAUUUCAGGGCUACCUUCAAAGAAAAAGGUUUUUGAGGGUUAAAAGCGCAGCUAUUAUUAUUCAGCAGAUAUUUAUUGCACACUUAGCAGGAAAACGCCUCAGAAAGGAAUUCUUAGCGAGGAAGGGUGCGGCCAUGACAGUACAAGCUGCAUUCAGGGGUUACACAGUACGUAAGGCAAUGGUCAGAUAUAACAGAGCAGCAGUGAUCGUCCAGAGUUUCUACAGAGCUCACAGAGCUGCUGUAAUUUACAAAAAACACAGAACAGCAAGUAUUUGUAUACAGAAAUGGUACAAGAACCUCCUGUUUGCCCAACGAAUCAAGGCAGAUUAUCUCUCUAUGAGAGUUGCUGCAGUCACUAUUCAAGCUUGGUACAGAUGCCACAGAGCAGUUAAAGUUCUAAGAAUGGACAAAUCUUGUGUGAUCACAUCACAGGCAGUCGUCAAGGGCUUCCUACAGAGGAGGCGUUACCUCAGGCUUAGACAUGCAACUGUAGUCAUCCAACGCAGACUCGUCGCCAGGAGAGAGUGCAUUAACGUACGGAGAGCAUUCCUCAUCCGGAAAGGUGCUGCCAUAGCAAUACAGGCAGUUUUCAGGGGCUACCUAGUGCGACAUGAGCUACAGAGGCAGCAUGUGGCCGCUGUGGUGAUACAGAGUAUGUAUAAAACUCAUAGGGCUGUGUUAUCUUACAAUAAACAGCGGCAAGCAGUGGCAGCCAUACAAUCAUGGUACAGAAACUGCCUAUACACAAGAACUGUACGCUCAGAUUAUCUCACCAAAAAACAGGCUGUGGUGGUCAUUCAGAAGCAUUACCAGACUUGUCUGACUAGGAGGGCUUAUCUACGGGACCUUUCCAAUAUCAUACUUAUACAGGCCCUUGUCCGUGGUACGUUACGGAGGAUAGCUUAUAGGCGACUACAAUGGGCUGUCAUCACAUGUCAGACUCGGUACCGUGCCAUGCUGGCAUGUCAUCAACAACAGUGUCGUUUUCACAACCUACGAUCUGCAGCCAUUGUUCUCCAAUCAGCCUGGAGGCAACGGACCGUUCAGGCAAAGUACAACAAAACAAGACAGGCAGCCAUCUUGUUGCAGUCACAUUUCAGAAUGAUUCCAGAGAGAAAGCGAUACUGUCAGUUGAAAUCAGCUGCUAUUCGUUGCCAAAGACUAGUACAGACAAAACGUCAAAUGCAGGAAUGUCGCAGAGACUAUCUGAUUACAUUAGGUGCUGUCAUUACCAUUCAGGCUCACAUUAGGUCAUUUUUGGUGCGAAAACAGUACCAUACAACUUGCAAGUCUGUGAUCUGUGUUCAAGCAUGUGUACGACGAUUCCUUGCACAGAGACAAUAUAGGAAAACAUACAACACUGUUGUUGUUGUUCAAAAGCACCUCAGGGCUUGUUUAGCUACAAAGAUACAGAGAAGCUUAUUCUUAGCAAAACGCCAAGCAGUCCUAGUAAUCCAGACAGCUUUCAGAAGAGUGCAAGCCAGAAAGUACGUUCGGAAAGUGAGAGCUGCCAUUGUGAUACAGAAGACAUUUAGAAUGCAUGUUGCUAGGCAAGAUUUUGUGAGGCGAAGAAAUGCUGCUAUUGUGUUGCAGUCCCACCACAGAGCAUUCCUUGCACGCCAGGAGAAAACAUGUCGCAAGCUUGCACUUGUCUCUCUCCAGAGGGCAAUCAAGAUGUUUCUGUUUAGACGGAAGCUUCUUCACUGGAUACACACUAGAAAUGAGGCUGCAACACGAAUUCAGUCUUGUUUCCGUGGUUACAUAGCCCGUCUGUGUGUAAGGAAAACCAAAUCAGCCAUUGUAUUACAGUCAAUGUACAGGAUGCAUGCACAGAGGAGAUGGUAUCUGUGUAUCAUCAACAGUGUUAUACUCCUACAAAGUGGAUUACGGGGAGCCCUGGCCAGGCGGAGGGUAAAACAUAUCCACACACAACACAGAGCUGCCACUUGUAUUCAAACUGCCUACCGAGCAUACAAGAGGAGACAAGAAGAACAGGAAUCGAGGAGGAAGAGAAUGGCAUACCUGGAGAAGUUCAGUGGUGUAGUAUCUUCUCACCUGUCUGUGAUAAAGAUACAACGCUGUUACCGGAACCACCGAGUCCUACUGGCAGCUCGGCAACGUCUGACCAGCAUCAUAGUCCUACAGCGAUGGAUGAGGGCAAAACUGGCACGUAUGCAAUUUCUGCGUUUCAUUUCUGCUGUCAAAGUGGUUCAGACAAGGGCCCGAAAACACCUGCAUUUUCGUAACGCCGCCGUGAUUAAAUUACAGGCAGUUGUGCGUGGUUGGCUUGGACGACGAUCAGUCAUCCAUCAAGAACAGUCAGCCAUAACACUACAGGCUAUUUGGAGAGGCAGAAGAGUAAGAAAGACUUACCCUUCAAAGAAAUUAGAAAAUAUCCGCAAGAACCUGAAGGAGGCAACAAAAAUUGCCACAGAGGAUAGGAAACUUGGGAAUAGGACAGAAUCAGCUCUGGAUUAUCUUCUCAAGUACAAACAGCUGUCACAGAUUCUCGAGGCUUUGAUACACUUGGAAACAUCGACACGUUUGUCGCCAGCCUGUUGCCAGCGGAUGGUCAAUGUGAACGCGGUGGGUGUGAUCUAUCGUCUGAUACAGAGUUGUAACCGCAGUCAGCCACACAUGGAGAUAAUCCGAUAUUCUAUCAACAUUCUGCUCAACCUAGCCAAGUAUGAGAGGACUCGUGCUGCAGUUUAUGAAGUAGAUGGUGCCACCGAGUGUCUUUUGGAACUGAUGCAAGUGUACCGAGAGAAAGGCCACAUCUUCAGUUGUUCUUGUACACUUAUGGGUAUUCUUGGCAUGAUGGAGGACAAGAGACAGGUGAUAUUGAAUGACAAAAAGGUUACAAGCAAACUUUUGAGCAUCUAUACACUGACGGCAAGGAAGCACAAGAUUACAGAGGCAAGACUGAUCAGACAAGCGAAAAUUUCUGCAGCUAAAAGUUUUAAUGCCACCUUGCCCAUUUUGCCCUCGCAGCGAAGACAGCAUAGAAUCCAUCCUGAUUGGGUUUUACAACGCAACAAGAUGCGUCACAUUGAGGACCCCCUUCAGGCCAUCAAGUUUGUGCUUGACAACUUCCAGCUCACCCCCAAAUGAAGAGGGAAACCUAUUUUCAGAUUACAAUGAUAUUUCUAUAUCAAAUCAAAUAGAAAUGUGUCAAUAAGUUUGUCAACAAGUAAGAAGAAACUCAAUCUUCAGUUUCCUUUACAUACACAAGGAACUCAAAUUUUACUGUAGAAUAUCAGACUUUUUGUGUACAUGUAUAAUUACGUUAUUUUAAGGGAACUUUCAUUUGAUUUAAAUGUCAGAUCUUGAUUAAAGUUUUUAGCUUGCUUGUUCAAAGAACAGAAAAGUAUUUGCCUGUACAUGUCAGUGUGAGUGUUGGCAUGAAUAUUUGGGACAGUUUCUUUGAAGUUCUAUCAUAAGGUGAAGCCAAACACUGGAACAAAAUAUAAAAAUGUUGAUAUUUUGUACCCAUAUUUGGAUUUAACUUUUUCUUAGGUACCCUGGUGUAUCCACACUUUUACCGGUGUGAGAUUUCCUUGUCUCACCCUUAGGGGUGUAUACCCAAUGGGAGAACAGGUUAGAUGUUACAGACCAAACAGUGUAACUACACCACAUGUUGCAGCUACACCAGAAAGUCUGCAACAUCUAUGUAGUUUAUUGCUUAUAUUUUCGAUAUUUUUCCCUUCAAUCCAAAAUUAAUAAAUGUUAUCAGCAAAGGCAGGUCAAUAACUAGAACAGCAACAAAGGCAUAGCUGAUAUCACAAGCUGUUUCCUGCACAAAAUCAAAUGAUAAAACAAAGAUCAUUUAAUUUCAAUUUAAAGAAAAUAAGUAAAUGUAUUCAUACACUGCCAAAAGCAUUUGCUGUUAUGCCUUUAUUAAUUUAUUGCAUCAUAAAAAGGAUAUAAAUGGAUAUUACGGCAACAAUAGAGAAUAAUACAUGCCUUUUUCAAUAUCACACCCAGUAUCAACCCGAGACUGCAAUAUCA